CUCCAGACUAAACAUCCACGUCUUGCUAGCACACACUAUACGACACAAUGGCCGACACAGUACCGGCAAAGCUCAAGAGCCUACAGCUCGCGUCUUUUGCGAAACGCGCGGCACAGCUCGAGCGAUUCAAGCCCAUCAUCACCUACUGGUUACGCUUCUACAUCGUCCAAAGAAUUAUUGCCGGUGGACUACACUCGGCUGACCAAGAAUGCACCGCCUACACGACCGAUCUCAUGGAAAAGCUGGAGCAAGCAAAGGCCGAGAACCCCAACGAGGAUGCCUUGCUGGACGACACAGUCGCGAGCGCGUACUGCGAACAAUUUGCGCUACAGACUCUCGCAAAGGCAGAAAGGGAGAUGGCUGAGAAUAGAGUGAAUGGACAGACAGCCGAUACCCUCCUCGCCGCCUCCACAUUCCUCGAGAUAAUGUCGAUAUGGAAGAACAACGACACAGAGAUCACUUCCAAAACAAAGUUUGCCAAAUAUCACGCGCUACGCAUCGUCAAAGCCAUCAAGGCCAACGAAGACCCCAAUGCGACGAACCCCGUACAGGAAACAUCGCAACAGCCCAUGUCGCCCUCUGCUCUAGAUCCGAACGACCCAGAAGUCCAGCGCAUAAAUCAAGGCGCCCCGCCUCAGAACCCAUACCAACCAUCCGUAGAGACAGCACCGAAUACCUCGACCCAACCGUCGCCCAACUUCUCCGCACGCCAAGUAUCACCACCACCUCCCAACCUCCCUUCUGCGCCUACCGGAUAUACUCAAUCAUCGCACAACGACGUCUCUCCAAUAUCGCAACCUGCCACCUCGAGGCAAGGCUCCGUAGUCUCGAUCGGUGGUGGAUACUUUCCGAGGACCGAUGCUCCUGAUCCUCCUACAUUUACAGCAGAGACGACAGCACCAGGCCUACCAACCGCACCCAUGGACGUAGACCCCAUGACCUCUUCUCUGCCUACGAGCCCCCAGCCACCACAAGCCCCAGAACCAUUAGAUCCUGCAAGCUUCUAUCAGAACCCGCAGGCUCCUCAACAGCCACCACCUCAAAACCCAUACCAAUCUCCUACGCCUCCACAAGUCCCGCAAAAGCCUCAGAGAUUAUCUUCCAGCUUCGGAGCACCCCCACAGCAAUCUCAGUACGCUUCGCCCUCGCCACAGCCGCCUCAACAACAGUACCAACAAGGCGGAUUCUCUCAGCCUGCUCAGCCGCAGUACCAAUCAACACCCCAGCAGAAUCCAUACGCUCAACCGCAACCUCCUCUUCAGCAAUCAUUGCAGGGCCCUUUCAGGAACGAUGAAGACUCCAUAAUGGAAGCCACAAAGCACGCGAAAUGGGCCAUCUCUGCGAUGAACUUUGAAGAUGCGGAUACAGCUGUGAAGGAGCUUCGUACUGCUUUGCGGGCUCUAGGAGCGUUAUAGGAACGUGAUUAUCCUUAUGUGGAAUUAUAAAGAAGAGAAGCAUAGAUCUACAACCUUCGUGUGUUUUGUUGGUUUGAUGUAUACCCCUGUGUUAUAGAUAGAUGCACCCUUUAUAAGAACUGAGCCGAGGUAGCUGAAAUGAUACAUAAGCUUUUGAUCAGGCAUGACCAAAUUGAAG